AUGCUGCCGGGGUCUAUCCAGAUCUCCGGGGAGACGCUGUCGGGGGCGGAGAUCCGGGACAUCUGCGAGAGCCUGCGGGAGAACUCGGUGCGGCUGCUGUCGCUGCGGGGCUGCCAGCUCUCCGAGCGGGACUUCGGGCACGUCUGCCGCGGGGUGGCCGAGUCCCGCUCCCUCGCGCAGCUCAACCUCAACCUGGGCAUCGUCUCCAACAUCAACCGCGUCAAGCAACUGGCCGAGGCCCUGAAGACGAACCGCUCCGUUCAGUCCCUCUUCCUCCAUGGGAGUCCCCUGACAGAUGCAGGCUUGGCCCUCCUCAACCCUGCUCUCUCCAUCCACCCCUCGCUGGUGGCUCUGGAUCUAGGAGACUGCAUGCUGGGUGAUGAAGGCAUCAACCUUAUCUGUGGGCUCCUGCCGCCUGAUGGGGCCAAGUCUGGCCUUAAAGAGCUAACACUGAGUGCCAACCCAGGCAUCACAAGUAAAGGCUGGGGACGCCUAGCCAUUGCAGUGGCUCACAGCUCACAGCUCCGCGUGCUGAACCUGGACUACAACCCCCUAGGUGACCAGGUAGCCGGGAUGCUCGCUGUUGCUGUGGCCUCCAGUCGAACCCUUGAAGUGCUGGACUUGGAGGGAACAGGACUUACCAACCAGUCAGCUCAGACCUUGCUGGACAUGGUAGAGAAUUACCCCACAGCCCUACGAACGCUCAUCCUGGCAGAGAACAACAUUAGUCCCGAGCUGCAGCAGCAGAUCUCUGAUCUUCUCUCAGAGGGUGAGGAAGAGGAGGAGACGGAGGCCCAUGAAGUCACAGCCAGGGAGAAGAACCCCUGGAUCUGUCAGAACAGUAAGAAUUCCAGCUCCCAGAUGGUCCUGAUGACGUCAGGCCUCGGUGACAGCCUCUUAGCAGAAACAGAGAUGUAGCUGGGCUACCCUGCCUGCUUCUGCCGAGCACAGCCCGCCCCGGCCUCCGCGGGGCUCCCCAGCCCUCUUCUCACACAUCUCACCUCCUGUCGCUGCCUCCCUCGGCUCUGAGCGCAGGAGCCUGCUCCGACCAAACCUCUACACACGUCUCUGUGCCGUCACACGCCUCGUCGGCCGCUUGUGAUUGUCCCCGUCGCCGCAUGUAUAGCUCACGCCGCCCU